AUGAGCCGAACCUCGUCAAUUACAAUAGAUCGAAUCCAAUUGGAACCGGUAAUAUCGGCCCAGAAUGAGCAAGCUUCCAUCCAAGGUCGUGGAUUCCGCCUUCAACCAAGCAAUGCCGCAGCUUCACUGCGCACAGCGCCCCCUGAUGGCCGUGAAACCGCCGAGACUGCCAGGGGUGUAGUCGAACCCCCAAAGCUCCAGACUGCGGUCUUGAUGAUCUCGCUUUGCGCCUGUGUCUUCGUCGCCGCUAUCGACGUGACGAUUAUCGCUACAGCACUGCCCGCCAUUGCUAGCAACUUCAAAUCUGCCUCAAGCUACCAAUGGGUGGGAAGCGCCUACGUUCUCGGAAGCACGGCAACCACGCCGUCCUGGGGAAGCAUAUCAAACAUAUGGGGUCGCAAGUCCAUCCUGCUGUUGGCCGUCGUCGUCUUUUUCGCCGGAAGUCUGAUCUGCGCCCUUGGAGAUAAUGUUGCUGUCUUUCUAGCCGGGCGCGCUAUCCAAGGCAUUGGUGGCUCUGGACUCCUUACACUAGUCAACAUCACCAUCAGUGAUCUGUUUUCGCUUCGGGACCGAGGUCUGUAUUUUGGCCUAACGUCCGUCGUCUGGGCUUUGGCGGCUGGUAUUGGCCCUGUCCUUGGCGGCGUCUUUACCCAAAAGCUAUCGUGGAGAUGGUGUUUUUGGAUCAACUUACCUAUUUCCGCCGUCGUCAUCGUUUUUCUAGUCCUUACAGCACCCCGGGACAACCCUGGAACUCCUGUCUGGGCUGGGCUUAAAGCCGUCGACUGGUCUGGUAGCCUACUUAUCGUCAGCGGGACCCUAAUGCUACUCAUGGGCCUCAGCUUUGGCGGCGUCUCUUUCUCCUGGAGUUCUGCAACCGUCAUAAAUUUGAUAGUAUUUGGGAUUUUCGCCGGCUUUCUUUUCGGGCUGAACGAGUGGAAAAUGGUCAAGUAUCCCGUCAUGCCGCUAAGACUUUUUCACAAUCGUUCGGCCAUUGCCUGCUUUACGGUCUGCUUCUGCCACGGCUACAUCUUGAUGGGAGUCGCUUACUAUCUUCCUCUCUACUUCCAAGCAGUUCUAGGCGCCGGCCCCCUGCUCUCUGGAGUGUAUCUUCUGCCAUUCAUUCUAUCAAACACAGGGCUCGCAGCUGGUACGGGCGUGUUUGUGCAAAGGACUGGCAAAUACAUCCCUGCGGUGUACCUUGGGCUUGUACUAAUGACCCUUGGCACCGGGCUUCUCAUCAACCUUGACGUGGAAACCAACUGGCCAAAGAUUGUCAUUUAUCAGCUCCUCGUCGGUGCUGGAGUGGGCUUAAACUUUGAAGGCCCUCUACUAGCUUUGCAAGCGAGCCUUGACGCCCGAGAUGUGGCUACAGCCACCGCAACAAUGGGUUUCACUAGAAUGCUCGCCUCGGCUAUUUCAGCGAUCAUUGGCGGUGUUGUAUUCCAGAACCAGAUGAUUUCGGAAUCUCAAAACUUGGGACAACUCGGCGCGGAUAUCGCCAGCCGGCUUCAAGGCGGUGAAGCCGCUGCGAAUGUUGAGAUAAUCCAUACCCUACCACUCGAUCAGCAAGCCAUUGCUAAAGGAGCAUUCCAACGGUCCUUGAAGAUGAUGUGGGUUAUGUACACUGUAUUCGCUGCUGUUGGUAUGCUGGCGGGACCGUUUAUUGCCACUCACACUCUGAGCAAAGAGCGUCAAGCUACUCAACUUGGGCUUGCCGACAUAUCAGCGGAAAGAGAUGAGCAGCAGGCAGCAGCCUCAGAACCAUCUGCCAAAUGA